CUUCUAUAACCAUUUGGCCAGAGUUGUAUAGAACAGAGGCUAAAGAGAAAAAAAAACUAAAAGAGAGAUAACUGAAUUGAUCAAAAUGGCAACAUCAGCCUCAACCAUGGCUAGCCAACUAAAGAGCAGCUUUGCAACUUCAUUCACAAGAGGGCUUGUUACUCCCAAGGGCCUUUCUGGUUCACCAUUUAGAGUCUUGCCUUCUUCUGGCAAAUCCACCUUCACCAUCAAGGCUGUUCAAAGUGAAAAGCCCACUUAUCAAGUGGUUCAACCCAUCAACGGUGACCCAUUCAUAGGAAGCCUUGAGACUCCAGUGACAUCAAGCCCAUUGAUUGCAUGGUACCUUUCAAACCUUCCUGGAUACCGCACUGCAGUGAACCCAUUGUUACGCGGUAUCGAGGUCGGUCUAGCUCACGGGUUCUUUUUAGUGGGCCCAUUUGUCAAAGCAGGCCCAUUGAGGAACACUGAGUAUGCAGGUGCAGCUGGAUCACUAGCAGCUGGUGGAUUGGUGGUGAUUCUAAGUAUUUGCUUGACAAUGUACGGAAUUGCAUCUUUUAAAGAGGGUGAGCCAUCAAUCGCACCAUCAUUAACCUUGACCGGGAGAAAGAAGCAGCCUGACCAGCUUCAAACGGCUGAUGGUUGGGCUAAGUUCACUGGUGGGUUCUUCUUUGGCGGAAUCUCGGGUGUAACUUGGGCUUAUUUUCUUCUAUAUGUACUUGACCUUCCUUACUAUGUUAAGUAAGUGUGUAACCAUAAUUUCGGCCUCUUGGGAUUGUUAGAAAUGGCAAGUUGUAUAUUAAGUGGAUGAUGGUCUUUUUGAAAAA